AUGCCAAUAUCACCGAGGAAUAAUGAUGAUUUGGCAACACUCGAUAGCAGCAAUCCAACCUCAGGAAAUGGCGAGUUCUCGGUACUGAAAUCAAAGGAGGUUACGAGCCCAGCAGCUGGAACGACGAGCAAAGACGCAACACACCCCAUCCUUUCAACAGAAGCUAGAGAUGAAAUUCCAAAAGGUGACUUUGACAAAUGGCUGCAGAAGUCUGAUUCGGAUGACUUGUCCUUGUACUAUGAUAGUUCUGAAGAUCAUACCGACACGUCAGGCCUCGUCGCCAGUACUUCCUUGGACGAACGCGACGGAGUUGCCCCAUCUGUAGCAUCAGACCCAGAGAAAAAACAAGAAUUAGAAGCGACCUUAGCAAACCUUGGCAUUGACCUAAAAGGGGAGGAUAUUAAGGCUGAAGACAAAGCUCCAAGUGCGGAAGAAGCAGAUGGCGGUAUUUCCAUCGCCGAAAAUAAGUCCGACGAUGAUAGCUCUACCCUCGACUUUUCCUUGAGCGUUGCUGAUGCUACCUUGCCCGAUGCUAUGCCCCAUGGACUGUUACCUAGUACCUCUGAAGAUGGGGUCACUCCACCAACUGACUCGCAGAUCAAGAACAUGUUAGAAAGAUUGCAGAAUAGCAAGACUUUGGGAGAGGCCGACGAGUCGAUCAAAGCACUCGACAUGGCAUUGGACAACAGAAUUGUCCCUGACAAGACAUCUAGAAUUCAUAUUGCGGACACCAUUACUAAGCGAGACGGAAACCGCAUCAUUAUGGAAGCUAUGGAAAAGUGGCAAGCUGAGUCGAGUGAGAUUGCCGACGUUGCUACUUGCUUGUUGGUGGCCUUGACACAAAUCGUCCCGGAAGCAAGCAAGGCAAUUGCUGAGGUCGGGCUUGAUCGAGUAGUCAAGACUGGAAAAGGACAUCCAAGCAACUACUGCUUGCGAGGAAACAUAUUGGCCCUGCUAUUGAAUCUCUCGACACUUGAAGACGAGAUGACGAAAGAAGCGAUCUCCACAGAUUCUUGUAUCGAUAUUGUGGUUCAGACUAUGCAGAAGUGGUCUGACAAGGAGUACAUCCAGAAGUGUGGCGCAGGCUACUUUGUUCGAAUCAAGAUGAUUCAAGCCGAAAAGAAAGAAAAGGCAAAACUACUACAGGAAGCAAAACUACUACAGGAAAAGCAAGCAAAAGAAGAACAACCUGAGGAAGUUCCUGCUGUUGCUGUCAAAGAGGCAUCAAAGAUCGAUACGGUAGCAAAGGCACCAGAAACUACUCAAGAGACAAAAACAGAUGCUCCACAGCAAGACCAAGCCCCACCUUCAGAAGAAGAAGUUGCAAAAAUGCUCCGAAGACUUCGCGAUAGUAGGAAUGGUGACAGUGCUGGAGAGUCUGUGAAGGUCCUUGUGCGCGCAACGGAUAGUCGAUUGAUCAAGUCUGCAGCUGAUAGAAAGAAAGUCGCGGAGCGAAUCGUUCGUUUGAAUGGAGUCGCUGCGAUCAUUCUUGCCUUGGAAAAAUGGUUCACAAAAUCUGAAACCUUUGCUUACUACGCUCUGACACUUUUGGUAUCUCUUUCUAAGUUCGCAGCUGGCAGUCGUCAAACCAUUGCCACGAUUGGAUGCAAGACAGUCCUGGAUACUGCCGGGAGAUAUGCCGAUGACUAUUACAUACGAGGAAAUGUCCUCAUCUUGCUACAGAACUUGGGAAACCACAAGCACGCCGGUACAAAAUACGAAGUUGCCGAAAGCGACUGCAUCGAUUGUGUUAUCGAUACAAUGCAACGUUGGCCAGACGAUGCGUACAUCCAGCACUGCGGAUGUGACUACUUCGCUCGCAUUGUUAGCAUCAAUGGAAUGCCUGCCAAACUCCACGCUAGGGAAAUUGACGUCUUGUUGUUGGGUGUCAUACAUACAUUCCAACAUAGCGACGACGACAAGGCAAACGAAAAGAUUUGCAAGUGUGCAAGAAGCGUCAUGGACAAGAUUCACCAAGACGAGUGA